GCUGUGAGUGUAACAACCACGCCCAGCACUGUCGUUUCGACCAGGUGGCGUACGAAGCCAGCGGCAGGAGGAGUGGAGGUGUGUGUGAGGACUGCAUGCACCACACCACAGGGCCGAAGUGUGACCAGUGUGCCCCAGGCUACCAGCCGAACCCCCUCAGCCGGAUGGACCGCCCUGACGCCUGCAUACGCUGUAUCUGCAGUGCUGAGGGGACAGUGAAUGGGGGCCGGUGUGAUGACAGCACAGGCUCGUGUCAGUGUAAGGUGAAUGUCGAGGGUCCCCGCUGCGACCGCUGUAAGAGAGGCUAUUAUGGCCUGAGCGCCUCCAACCCUCUGGGCUGCUCCAAAUGCUCCUGUUCGCAGGACGGGUCACUGUCAGAUGUUUGCGACCCAGUGACUGGCCAGUGUCCCUGUCGUCCCCACUUCCACGGCCUGACCUGUGAAGCGUGUUCAAAAGGCUACUGGAAACCAAUCCUGUCAGGACGCUGUGAGCCCUGCAGCUGUGACCCCACCAGGUCAAACAGUGAUACUUGUGACCAGGUAACAGGUCAGUGUCAGUGCAGACCAGGCUUUGGAGGCCGUACAUGUACCGAGUGCCCCAAAAACACAUACGGAAACCCUCUCAUAGGUUGCCAACCGUGCCGGUGUGAUGCUGAAGGAACCCUUCCAGAAGUCUGCGACAAGCAGAGAGGAACCUGCUUGUGCCGGCCAGGGGUCAGCGGGGCCCGCUGCGACUCCUGCAGCCAGGGACACUGUGACUCCUUCCCUGCCUGCGAGACAUGUCCAUCCUGCUUCUUCACCCUAGACGCCUGGAGACAGAACAUGAGCUUAGCCCUGGAGAGGCUCAGCUUCCCUACUGGUACCGGAGUUAAUCUUGGAAAUUUGGGGCCUCGCAUCCUUGCCCUGGAGGACAGCCUGAACCUGAUCCGCAACUCUAUCUCCCGUCCACCCAGUAUUGGCGGACAGAUUGAUAAUGCUCUCUCCCAGCUGGACAAGCUCAGGGACCAGGUGGACAUGGUUAACAAUAACCUUCCACCUCUGGAAAGGAUUCCUGGUCUGGACUUGGAGCUAGACAAACUACGGGAUCUGCUUGACCGCCUCACUGUAGAGUACAAAGCCAAGAAAGAUGCAACGAAGAAUCCUGUCAAUCCUAACAAUGCAGGAGCGUUUGCUGCCAUCAAGCACGCCUACGAUGAGUCUACAGACGCGGCUAAGAAGGUCGAUGCCACCGGGAACACGGUGAAGGAGUCCGCUAAUGUCAGAGAGGACACUUUGGACCUUCAGAACCGAGUACAACCAGCCAACACCAGAGACCUGGACAAACUGAACCAGAGCAUGGCUUCCCGACCUGACCUCACACCUGCUGCCAAACAGGUAUGUGGCAGUGUCCGCUCAGAUCCCUGCACCCCUUUCCAGUGUGAGGGUGGAGAUCUGUGUCCACCAGAGGGAAGCCCACCUUGCAAAAAGGGGGAGAGGUGCGUGGGUGCCCUGCCUCUGAGCAAGAGGGCUGACACGGACACUAAGGAUGUGAAAGAGCGGCUGGAAGGGCUCAGUGGGAAGAUCACAGAGGCUGCAGAGAAGCUCCAGGAGACACAGGAGACAACCAAUCAGGUGAGACAAUCUGCAGAGAAGCUCUCCAAAAAGAUGAAGGCGACCAGAGACGAGCUAGAAAAUGACUUAAAGGAGACUCGUGAUGUUGUGAAAGAGCUCAAAGACUUCCUGUCAGACCCGUCCUCUAACCUGACCCACAUCCAGGAGGUGAGCGACUGGAUCCUGAAAGCCAAACUGCCUCUUAGUCUGGCUGCUCUAAAGAGGAAGCUGGAUGAGCUGAAGAAUCUGGCAGCUAAUUUGCCAGACAGCACAGCGGUGCUGAACGAGGCAGAGCCACAGCUGGAUGCAGCCAGGAAGCUGCUGCAGGAAGCCGAGGAUGCCAGGGACACGGCACUGGGAGUGAAGGCCGACGUGGAUGGGUUGCUUGCAGGCUUCGGCUCGGUGGAGGGCUCCCUGUCUGACCUGGAGGAAAAACUGCAGAACAGCAUGGACCUGUUGGCGUUGGUGGAGCAAUUGGAUCGUCUCAAAGAUAAGGCUGCAGCCAGUGGAUCAGGUGGAGACGCGGGGCUGCUGGGGGAUCGACUGGCGAAGCUGCAGAAGGAUGCUGGAGUUCUAGUCAACACCACUGAAAGCAUGAUGGAGGCUCUGGAAGGUAAGGGAGAUUCUCUCAGGAGACUGCAGGACGAAAUUCUCCAGAAGUCAACAAAGCUUGAAGGACUUGAUGCUAAGGUUAAAGACCUUUUGGAAAAACUUCGAACAAAAGCCCACGACCUCAGCAUCUGCCAGGGCUGAAAGUCUCCAAGUUGCCCGUCGGAGCCAGAUCUGCAGCUGCUGUCACUACAACACUUUAUACCAGCUUAACAUGCCAUUCACAUCUUUGCUGUCUUCACUCUACGACAGGAGGAUUCCUCCCUGACUUUGGAACACCAUUACAACUCUUCUCUAUAACAUUACACCUCUUCUCUGGCAGUGGUCAAAGAACUGUGGGAAAUGUAGGAAAUCAUUUCUGGGGUUGAUUAAGAUAAUGUUGACUACUCUUCAUCAUAUAAUAACUCCUUGAAUAUGUUCUGCAUUAAAGGUUGUAUAUAUGAAGUUCACUUGUCCCUAGAUGUCGCACUAGAGCACCAGCAUCUCUGAGCAAAACAAUGGGCACUACUGCUGACCAGACUCCACUAACAAAACAUUCAUUUUACCUCGCAGAUAAUCAGAAAACACACGUCACGCAAAACCAUCUUUGUUAGUCUUUCCAGUCUUUUUCACCAAGCUCAUCCUUAGGGACAAAUGCGCCUGUCAAAUUAAGUCCACUAACAGUUGUUGUUGCCACUGACAGCAUAGCACUCCAUAGACAAAAACUGUAAUUUUACCUCACAUAUUAUCGGCUAUGGAAACAAACCACAGAGAGGCUGCAAUAGCAACACAGGAAGAGGGAGUGUGUCACCAUUCUCUGUUCAGGACACCAUGCCUCCACUAUAUAGCAAAUUAAAACUCAUAUAUAUAACCUUUAAAGAGUAGUGAUAAGUCACAAUCUCAAUGUAGCGACAGAAAUGAGGGUGGUCCUUUAAUGAUGGUACAUUAUAUAGGUAGAAAAACACUGUGAUAUCGUGAGUUUGUCAAUAUCAUUUAACAUUUCUCACAGCCCUGCACAGAGCUAACAGAAACAAUUGUGUCAGUAGCAAUACACUCCAUUGUGAACACUCCAUUAUUGUACUUGGAACUGGAGAGAUGGUGAAUGUAACAUUAUUUAUUUGUCUGUUUUGUAUCUUUUGUUUGUGCAGAAUCCUUAGUAUUUAAAUAAAAGCCUAUUAAUACUUUGA